AUGUCUCAGACUGUGGAGAUCGGAUCGCCAGUAACAAAAGUCACCUGCCAAGCAGACUAUGAUCCCGUGCUCUCCAGGGUCCACCGUUCGCUUGAACUCAGUCUCCAGCAUGCCCGAGAUCUGAUGCAGCCCGAUGGGCACUGGUGCGGAGAGGUAAGAACCAAUGCAACGACAACCGCAGAGCAUAUUCUUUUGUGUCAAGCUCUCGGGGUGAACCUCGAGGCCGAUCGAGAGGCAUACAUCUCCUGGCUCUUUUCCACACAGGGCUCGGAUGGAGGUUGGAGCCUGGUGCCCGACCAUGGGGGAAAUAUCUCGGCGACAGUAGAGGCUUACCUUGCCUUGAAGAUCUUGGGGGUCUCAGAGGAUGAAAGAGAAAUGCGCAAGGCGCGAGCAUAUGCUCUCGCAGCUGGGGGUGUGGCCAAAGUCCGGAUUUUCACCCGGAUAUAUCUGGCCUUGUUCGGCCUAUUCCCGUGGGAAGCGAUCCCAGAGCUGCCAGCGGAGUUGAUCUUGAUCCCCUCGCAACUCCCCGUCAGCCUGGAUCGCUGGUCAUCCUGGGCGCGCGCCACCGUGAUUCCUUUACUGAUCGUGUCGCAUCAUCGGCCAACCUAUCCUCUCCCAGCGGAAAUCUCGGACCACAAUCAUACCUACUUGGACAAGCUCUGGUGCGAUCCGAGCAACAAGGUCAUUCCGUACACCCCUCCACUCGCCCCUUCGUGGAACUCAGACCCGUUUGUUUCGCUGUUUACCGUCACUGAUGCUAUCCUGCAUCGGUGCAAUGGCCUAAGGUUCUUUAAUCCCCUGCGUCGCUUUGCUCGGCGCAAAUGUGUCAAUUGGAUUCUAGAGCAUCAGGAAAUUACAGGCGACAUUGGGGACAUUAUGCCACCGCUGCACGGCGCCAUGCUUGCGCUAACGCUAGAGGGCUAUUCGUUGAACUCGGACCCGAUCCGUCGAGGGCUGGAAGCAAUCGAGCGCUUUGCAUGCCAUGACGCGUCAGGCAAACGAAUCCAAACCACAGCCUCCGCCUGUUGGGAUACCAGCCUAAUGCUGAUCGGACUCAGCGAUGCAGGCGUGACCCCCGACCAACAGCCCAUGAUCAACAAUUCAUUAUCCUGGCUCCAGCAACGCCAGAUUCUCGACCAGCACGGCGACUGGAGAGUGUUUAAUCCGGACCUGCACCCGGGUGGCUUUAGCUUCGGGUAUUUCAACACUUGGUAUCCGGAUGUCGACGACACAGCAUGCGCGAUCCUCGCCAUGACUCGGCAAGACGCGUCCCUUAUUCACUCACCCUCGGUCCUGCAUGCCGUUAAUUGGCUGUUGGGGAUGCAGAAUGCGGACGGAGGAUGGGGCGCCUUUGACCGAGACAACAACGAUUGGUAUCUCAACAAGAUACCCUUCAGCGACAUGGAGGGACUGUGCGAUCCUUCGACGCCGGACGUAACCGGCCACGUCCUGGAAGCCUUCGGCAUGUUUCUAGCCGUGGGUAGCUCUCGGCGCAAGCCCCCGUCCGCAUACAGCGCCUGUCUGGAUCGUAUAAACCUGGCCUUCCGCCGCGCGAUGUACUACCUCUCGGCCACGCAGGAGCCCUCGGGUGCCUGGUACGGGCGCUGGGGGGUGAACUACAUCUACGGCACCAGCGCCGUGCUCUGCGCGCUGCCGUAUUUUCUGCACGAGAAGCAUUGCUCCACGUUGCUGGCCAGCGACGACAGCCUGGCGCAGGAGGUGGCGCAGGCGGUUCGGUGGCUGGAGAUUGUGCAGAAUGCGGACGGGGGCUGGGGCGAGACAGUUGACUCAUAUCGCGAUCCCUCGCAGGCCGGGUCGGGCCCCUCCACCGCUUCGCAGACGGCCUGGGCCCUUAUGGCGUUGCUGCCCUACCUUCGCCCGUCGACCGAGUUCAUCCGACGCGGCGUAGAAUACCUCCUGCGCACUCAGGUCCAGACUUCGUCCACUGGCGGGAAAGGGGCCACCUGGCACGAGAGAGCCUACACUGGAACCGGCUUCCCCAACCAUUUCUAUUUCGGAUAUUCUUUCUAUGCCCAUUAUUUCCCUAUGAUGGCGCUGGGUCGAUACGCCUACGCCGCCGGAGGCAGACCGUGCCUGGAGUGGGGGAAUAAUUGAAAAGUCUUUAUAUCAUCCUUGUGUGUUGUUGAACCCUGUACUUUCGAUCUUGUUCCUUGAUAUCUGGGUGUCUUCCCUCGCGUAUAUGUCUUGAGUAAGAUAUUUUUAUGAUCUGGUCAGAAAGC